UUGCCAGUAGUCCUCCAAAGACAGACUCUGCAUCCAAUUCUCAAGACUUUUGUGUUUAUGGGUCUGUCUCAUACGGCACCUUUCCUUACAAAGUACAGCAAACUAAUAGUUUCUUUACAAGGCGGCACUACUUUUUCUGAUUUUUUUCUAUUUUUUUUCUGAUUGUGGACUUGAUCAAAGAAUAUUAUCAUCAAGCCAUUAUUCCUCUCUAUGAUCUAAAUUAAGCAACAGAAAAUGGCUUUAAAUGUACCAGGCUUAGUAUCUUUGAUUGUGUUUUUUACAUUAACUUUAGCUACUGGAAUUUGGGCUUCUUGGAAAAGCAAAAAGGACCAGCAGAACAGAAACCCAACUGAAAUGGCCAUAGUUGGAGGCAGGAAUAUAAAUGUUUUCAUUGGACUGUUUACUGCAACAGCCACCUGGGUCGGAGGAGCAUAUAUCAAUGGCACAGCUGAAAUCGUCUACCUGCCUUCAAAAGGACUACUGUGGGUCCAGGCACCUGUGGGAUUUGCCUUGUCCCUUGCUAUUGGUGGUUUCUUCUUUGUAAAUCCAAUGAGAUCCAAGAAUUAUGUGACAGUGAUGGAUCCCCUUCAAGAAACUUAUGGAAACGUGAUGGGAAGCUUACUCUUCAUUCCACUGCUACUGGGAGAGGUGUUCUGGUUUGCAGCUAUCCUGGCAUCCCUGGGAGCAACAAUGAGGGUCAUCUUGGAUAUUGAAGGUUCUUUGGCUAUCAUCAUCUCAGCAUGCACUGUCAUACUCUACACUCUACUGGGAGGCCUCUACUCUGUUGCAUACACAGAUGUCAUCCAGCUGGUUUUCAUUACCCUCAGCCUGUGGGUCUGUAUCCCCUUUGCCCUGGUGAACUCUGCAACGGAAAGCAUUUAUUACACUGCAACUCAUCAAUCUUACCAAGACCCUUGGACUGGGAAGAUAGAAAACCAAUUUCUUGGAAGGUGGCUGGAUGACUUCUUCUACCUGGUGCUUGGGAGCAUCCCGUGGCAAACUUACUUCCAAAGAGUGCUCUCCGCUGCCUCGCCAGGACAGGCAAGGCUCAUCUCCUACCUCUCUGGACUUGGGUGCUUUUCAAUGGCCAUCCCGUCUGUGCUCAUUGGUGCAGUUGCAGCAUCAACAGACUGGAACCAGACAAGCUAUGGUCUUCCAAGUCCACUCGAGAGAGGGGAAUCAGCGAUGAUACUGCCACUCGUUUUACACUAUCUCUGCCCAGCAUACAUCUCCAUUGCUGGUUUGGGAGCCAUCGCUGCUGCCACAAUGUCUUCUGCAGAUUCAGCUCUUCUCUCUGCCAGUUCCAUGUUCACUCACAAUAUCUACAGGAAAAUCCUGAGGAAAAAGGCUAUGGAGAUGGAAGUCUUAUGGGCUAUGAGGACCUCCAUGCUGGUGUUUGGGGCCGGGGCUGCUGGUCUGGCUUUUUACUCCAGCUCUGUCUAUGACCUCUGGUUCCUCAGUGGGGAGCUGGUAUAUGCCCUGCUCUUCCCCCAGCUCUGCUGUGCCCUUUUCAUUCCCAGCACCAACACCUAUGGCUCGGCUGCUGGCUUCUUGGUUGGGCUCCUCAUGAGACUGCUGGCAGGGGAGCCUGCCCUGAACAUCCCCCCCAUCAUCUGCUACUCAUCCUGCUCCCUGGUGAAUGGGACCUACAGUCAGCUCUUCCCCUUUAAAACAUUCACCAUGCUUCUCACCUUGGGGACGAUUGUUGUUGUUUCUUACCUGCCUGUGGUUUUGUUUCAGAGAAACCUCCUUCCCCGCAGGUGGGAUGUUUGCAAUAUCAUGGGGGUAACCAGCACCCUGAUCCCCCUGCAGCAGAUGGAGAAACAGAUGGGUUCGCCAACAGUUGCUCUAGAAAAGAAUAGCUUGAAUAGCCUCAUUUGA